UCGGUGCGCCUCGCUGUUUUCCUCCCGACUGUUUUUUGUUUGUGUUUGGACCAAAGCCAGCAUUUCUUUCUGAAGUCACUGCAUAAAAAUGAAAGCCACGUCAAGAAGAAUAUUUCAAAUGAAAGCACGCUGGUUUGCCUUGAAAGAUGAAAUAGGAGUCUGGAGAAGGUUGAAGGAGUGGAUUGGGAGGGAAAGUGAGGGGUUCUCGGCGCGGCCAAUCACACACCUCGGCUCCUCCCGGACCCCGCCCCUCCCCUCUGUGCUCAUGCGGUUGGAGAGCGAGAGGCCCAGAGAGCUGGCGAGAGGGGAACUGAGAUCAGUUACACAGAGCUGAGGCACCAACAAGUGACCCGAGAGCAGAAAGGAGGAGGAGCGCUGAAGAGUGAACACUUUGGAGGCAUGUUUGACUGCAUGGAGGCUCUGGGGCUGGCCCCCCGGCCACGCUACGAUGUGUCUGCACAGGGCUCCUGCAUGCUGGCCAAGGCCCCGCCGUUCUUCUCCAGCCUGGACCCUUUUGCCUGGGCCGGGACUGGCAGCCUCCAGUCGGUGGAGACCCAGAGCACUAGUUCUGAGGAGAUGGUGCCCAGCUCGCCGUCACCUCCGCCCCCUCCUCGUGUCUACAAGCCCUGCUUCGUGUGCCAGGACAAGUCUUCCGGAUACCACUAUGGAGUCAGCUCCUGCGAGGGAUGCAAGGGUUUUUUCCGCCGCAGCAUCCAGAAGAACAUGGUGUACACGUGCCACCGGGACAAGAACUGCCAGAUUAAUAAGGUGACCCGCAACCGCUGUCAGUACUGUCGACUACAGAAGUGUUUCGAGGUCGGCAUGUCUAAAGAAGCCGUGCGCAACGACAGGAACAAGAAGAAGAAGGACGUGAAGGAGGAGGCUGUGCUGCCCGAGAACUACGAGCUGAGCGGGGAGCUGCAGGAGCUGGUGAACAAAGUCAGCAAAGCUCAACAGGAGACCUUUCCGUCUCUUUGCCAGCUGGGAAAAUACACCACAAACUCCAGCGCUGACCACAGGGUCCAGCUGGACUUGGGCCUGUGGGACAAGUUCAGCGAGUUGUCCACCAAGUGCAUUAUCAAGAUCGUGGAGUUUGCCAAGCGGUUGCCAGGCUUCACCACGCUCACCAUCGCCGACCAGAUCACCCUCCUCAAAUCUGCAUGUCUGGACAUCCUGAUGCUGAGGAUAUGUACACGCUACACCCCCGAGCAAGACACAAUGACCUUCUCCGACGGCCUGACCCUCAACAGAACCCAGAUGCACAAUGCCGGCUUCGGCCCGCUCACGGACCUGGUGUUCGCCUUCGCCGGGCAGCUGCUGCCUUUGGAGAUGGACGACACGGAAACUGGCCUCCUCAGCGCCAUCUGCCUCAUCUGCGGAGACCGCAUGGACCUGGAGGAGCCCGAGAAAGUGGACAAGCUGCAGGAGCCGCUGUUGGAGGCGCUGAAGAUUUACACCCGCCGCCGCCGCCCCAACAAGCCUCACAUGUUCCCUCGCAUGCUCAUGAAGGUCACCGACCUCCGAGGCAUCAGCACCAAAGGUGCAGAGAGAGCCAUCACACUAAAGAUGGAGAUCCCUGGCCCCAUGCCGCCGCUCAUCAGGGAGAUGCUGGAAAACCCAGACCCCUUCGAGGACAGUAGCGACUCGGGAGAAAGCUCCACUCCCGCCCCUGUCCCUGCUGCCGCCGAUCCCCCGCCCCCCAUCCCUGCCAUCAAGCGGGAAGAGAAGAGCUCAUGCGAGUCCGCAGUGGAGGAAGAAGAGGACGAUGACGAGGAAGACGACUACUGGGAUGAGGAGAGGGAGCGGCUGGCGGACAGUGAUGGAGAGCUAUGGGGGGAGGAAGCGACCACGCAAAAUAAAAGCGGGACAACACAGUAGGAGAUCAUCAUCCUCACCUCACCUCCAAUCAGGCUCUUAUUAAACGUUUACAGGAAGUGAGGGACGAAGCAAAAGCACUAAAAAGGAGGACAAGAAUGUCACCAUGCCAAAAAGACAAGGCGGUGGUCCACGGCGAGACAGACAGGAGGACGUCUCUUCAUCGUCUCCUCUGGAAAAGGGCUACACUUUGUAAAAAAAAAACAAACAAAAACUAAACAUUUUUUAAAUGACAAGUGACAGAAAUGCUACUUAUCUUUUCUUAUUGUGUCUGCUUUGUGUCAAUUAUUGUCAUUUUUGUUUUGUUUUGUGUGUUCUAUCAAAACUCACAAGCUAACAGUGGAAAUCUCAGGCGGAAAGUCAGCAAUAACGCAUUUGAAGACGCAAGUCACGUUCCAAAUCAGACCAAAAUGGCGGCUGACCGAGGUCUGCAGUGGAGGGGGUCACCUGCCGGUACAGUGUUGUGGAAGACAAACGGGACUCAGCAGGACCGUGAAGCCAUAGAGGAGGAGGAACGCAGCUGAUUCAGGUUUCACGCAUUGACAUGAGAAAGCCGCCUCCAUUCAUCAGAAUGAAUUUUCACAGCUAAUAAAUGCACACAUCACACUUCAGCUAAAUUGUCUCAUGCCAAAUAUUCAUUUGUGAUAUGGACACCCUGUAUAAACGCUUCUUAAUUGUCCCAUUCGCUGUAAGAAAAGCAUCGUUUGUGGACAUCAGGGAUGAAAUAAAAGCAUAAGAAGCUCACACGCACAGGUCUGAAUGUAGCACACCAUCUCGGAAUGUAAGGAUGAAAGACUCAAGGACACAAAAAAGGUCAUUUGAGUAUCACAUAUUUGUGCAUCAAAGAUGUACGGAUUUGUCCAUCAGACGUUUGCACUGUUAAUUCAAUUCAAUCCUGGGAUCUUUCAAUACAGCAGAAGAUGCAUGAAUUCAAAUGGAGUACAGCAAUAACAUGCAAACAAAAGUGGACUAUUCAGACAAUACAAAACAACUUAUGGAACAUUUGUGUUGUUAUGCAAUAGAGAAUAUUUAAUGACACAAAAAUGACUUUUGAAUGAGCUCUUUUUAUUUCUGAUGUGCCUCAUAACCACCAGCCUCUGCCAUCCUUCAUGUUAAGAUAUGUGAACAUCUCAUGAGUUGUUCUCUUUAUGCUCCUAUUAAAAAUAUGUCUAUGUA